CCUGCAAUCAUCAUUCUUGGUUGCCUCAACCGCAUGCCCCUUUCUCCCCACUUCUCCCCUCACACUUUCUUCUUCCCUCUUUCACUCCCCUCACUGAUCCCCUAUCAAUAUUCACAACUAUACAAUCCCCUAUAUAAACAAACAGAAAUCUCCUAUUCCAUAACCAAAUUAUAUAAACUCUCUUCUACCAUCUUAAUAUACACAUAUACACACCAACAACUACCAUAUACAAAUAGAUAUAUCAAUCUUGAUCAAGAUGGCUGAAUCAGGGUUUGAAGGGUUUGAGAAGCGCCUGGAACUCCACUUCUCGGGAGACGAUCCCAUCACCGGACUCCGACAAAUAGAGUUCGAGACACUGGAGGAGAUACUCAGUGCAGUGCAGUGCACUGUGGUUUCAUCAGUUGGUAACCAUUACUUUGACUCCUAUGUGUUAUCAGAAUCAAGCUUGUUUCUGUAUCCCACAAAGAUUAUCAUCAAAACCUGCGGAACCACUCAGUUACUGAAAUCAAUUAGGCCAUUUCUUCACUAUGCUUGCACCAUAGGCUUAUCUCUCACACGCUGCAUGUACACUCGAGGUAACUUUAUUUUUCCGAAAUCCCAGCCCUACCCUCAUACUAGCUUCAAAGAAGAAGUUAUCUAUUUAGAGCAAACCCUACCGGAGAAUCUUUUCUAUAAAAAAGCUUCUGUUAUGCCUUCCAAGCUCUCUUCUCAUGCCUGGCAUGUUUUUUCGGCCGUUGAUCAGUCUUAUCUGAUUGAUAAUGCUGAUGAUCACGAUGAUCAGUUGUUUACUCUUGAGGUUUGUAUGACUGAACUUGAUUGCUUGCUUGCCAAGAAAUUUUUCCGUCGACAUAAUGAUGGGAAAACUAGUGAUGCAGCCGGAAAAGAGAUGACGCUGAUGACCGGGAUUUGUGACAUAAACCCUAAUGCUCACAUCUGUGACUUUGCAUUUGAUCCUUGUGGAUACUCUAUGAAUGGACUUGAUGGUGACAGGUACUCUACUAUUCAUGUGACUCCAGAGGAUGGCUUCAGUUACGCAAGCUUCGAGUGCGUGGGAUCGGUGUACGACGAUUGCCGGAAGAUAUCCGAGGUUUUGAAGAAGGUGGUGCAGGUAUUCCGGCCCGGGACUAUGUCCGUGUCAACCACGUCCACUAGCCAUGAGCUGUGGACACGUGUUGCCACCGCGGUAGAGCAGCAAGGGAUGAAAUGCAGGAGUUGUACGGUGGACGAGUUUCCGGCAGCCGGGAGUGUGGUGUUUCAAACCUUCACAAGCCGCCGGAAAUAGGUCAUGCAUGAUUAGGGUUUAAGGGGCUGGGAGGGCUUCUUUCUUAGGGGUUUAGUCUUCGAGGGGAAAUUAAAGAAAUUGAAAAUGAUGCAUGGGUGAUGGAAAAAAUGAAUGUAAUCAGAGUGGGGUUGACUUGUCUAAAAAGAUAUAUUUAAUUAUUAAAAAAUAUUCGAGAUUUGAGAAACAUGGAUAUAUAGGAUGAUGUACGUUGUGGGAUCAUCAUAAUAUUGCACCCCACUUAAAUUUGUCACGCCUAUAUUUGAUUUU